AUGUUCAAGAAAUACGAGCCGAGUGGGCAACAUGUUUUUAUAUUAGUGAACAGCGUUUCUGACAUUCCGAUGUUCCAGCAAAAUAUCGUUUCCUUGAGAUGGAAAUAUAACAAAUCUGAAGGUACUUUUAAGAAGGUUGAAGUGUCCAAAGGGUGUGCAUUGUUCAAUGAGUCUUUCACAGUUCCUCUCUUGAUUGAACAAAAGAACCAAGAGUACAAAGAUGUCAAAAUCCAAAUUUCAUUGAUGUCAACCACAGCAAAGCCCACUGAGUUACGUACACUGAAAACAACACUAGUGAAGUUACUGAAGAAGACUACAAUCCCUGAAAAUUAUAAGGAAAGUGAGUUCACGUUACCCUUCGAGGAGCUCACGGGUAAAAUCACUUUCUCUGUUUCUUUAAAACAAAGUGAUUCGACAGAUUCAGUGUCUGUCGAACAAAAUUUACAAGAGAGUCCAAAGUCCGACAAAAUUUCAAUAGAAAUUGCACCUUCAAAACAUUUGUCAUUCAACCAAUACAGUGGCAGAAAAAGAAGAGCAGCUUCAUUUUGUAAAAAAGCUUCCCCUUUUGAUAAGGAAACUCCUGUGGAGGUUGGUUCCCCACUUUCAAUUUACGGCAAAGACUCCACACCAUCAGGAAUGCACUCUGAAAGUUUGAUAAGUACAAAGUGUGUCGAGACCAAGAACGCCGAUAUUUUAAGUCUCCGCGAACCCAAACGGAAACACAUUAAUGUCAACUUCGCGCAGAAUGCCGUGACGCUUUCUCCACGGGAAUUAAAUAAAAUGAAAAUGGAGGAAGAGAUUAAGACAGUCGAUGACAAAGACAAGCGCAUUGAAUUUUUGGAGGAGAGAGUCAAGUUUCUGGAGAGAACAAAUAUCGAACUCGAACACACUCAAUUCAUAAAAGCGUCAUCAUUCAUCAUGGAAACAUUCUUCUCUAUUCGACUGACAACAGAAAAUGAUGUCACUGUCACCGCAGCAAGAAUCUGCCACGUACUCACAAAAGACUUUUUGUUGGACGAUAAGAACAAUGACUUCUUGUCCCAUAUCAUUAAUGCAAUUUACUCGUUGUCGAUCAGUAAUAAAACUUCUUUGGAACAAUGCGUGUAUUGGAUCGCAACGGUCUCGAGUGUCAUCGAGCACAUCAGAAAGUUCAAAGGAAUCAUUGGGCUAGAAAACAAACUCAUACCUUAUGAGAGCUCUUUGGUACCACAACGAGCACUUAUCGCGGGAUGGGUAGUCGAAAUGGUGUGCGACACGAACAAAGAGUAUUACAAGUUCUUUGUCGACAAAGAAACAAAGUACAACUUCGAAAAGAUUUGUUUACUUGUUAAUAACAUGAGGAAAUUCAAAAUGAGUGACGACUUUGUGAUGAAGAUGGCGACUUUUGUCAUCGACAUUUCAUCGAAAAAUCUGUUCAAUUACAUCAUCCAAGAGCAAAUGGAAAUAACACGCGACUUGUUAGCGACUAUUUGGGAAAAAACUGAACUCUUCACAUCACUCAUAGCAAAGGAAGUCGUCGUCACUUUGGAACACAUGAGAAGCGUCAAAGUCCUCAAAGACUUCGACACUGUUGUGACAGCGGCGACAAAACCAACGAAGACUCUCAAGGCAGACUUGGAAGCAAUUGGCGUAAAAGCAUUUAACCAAACACAACUGACAACACUGUUGUCGAGAGUCAAACCACCACUUUCAUCGGCAGUACUCGCAGAGUUUGUUGGCGGUGGACCACUUUCUAUGACUUUCGACUACGCAUCUGCUCUCAUGUCUGGAUUCUUUUAA